GCUUUAGUAAAUAAACCCCCAUGUGUGAAAAACAAGAAAAAAAAAUAUUCUGAACCAAUGGACUGCAGACACAGUACAGGGGAUGACCAGAGACUGUGGACACAGUACAGGAGAUGACCAGAGACCGCGGACAUAGUACAGGAGAUGACCAGAGACUGCGGACAAAGUACAGGGGAUGACCAAGAGACUGCGGACACAGUGCAGGGGAUGACCAGAGACUGCGGACACAGUGCAGGAGAUGACCAGAGACUGCGGACACAGUGCAGGAGAUGACCAGAGACUGCGGACACAGUGCAGGAGAUGACCAGAGACUGCGG